GAUGAAUGCCAAAGCAAGAAACUCAAUAAAAAAGACUCUAUGCUUACUAAAGGCAAAAAGUUAGUGACAGUACAGUAUGGCAGCCUGGAUUGUAUGGAUACUCUUGAUGUGCACAGUCCUCACUGGGCAAGGGUUGAAGGCUCAGGACUGUGGAGUGGCACCUCUGAACAAAAGGAUAGUGGGUGGAGAGAAUGCCACAGCUGGGUCAUGGCCCUGGCAGGUCAGCGUGCACCUCAAUAUUGUGGGGAUUCACAUCUGUGGAGGGACCCUCAUCAGUGACCAGUGGGUACUCACAGCAGCCCACUGCAUCGUAAUAACCUCACCUCAUGAAUGGACUCUCUACUUAGGAAGAGAGACUCAGACUGGAACUAAUGUUCAUGAGGUGAAAUGCAAUGUGUCCCAGGUCAUCGUCCAUCCCAACUACAACGACACCUUUUUGAACAACGACAUUGCCCUAAUGAAGCUCAGCAGCCCUGUAACUUUCACUGACUACAUCAGACCUGUCUGCUUGGCAAGUAACUCCAGCCAGUUCCACAACUCCACCCCCUGCUGGGCUACUGGAUGGGGCAGACUUGGAAAGGAUGAGCCUUUGUCAGCCUUUGACUCACUGCAGGAGGUUCAGAUUCCUGUCAUUGGAAAAAAGCAGUGCAGUUGCAGCUACUCUCCAAGCCUAGUUGGAAACAUCACUGACAAAAUGAUUUGUGCGGGGCAAGAGAACAAAGGAGCUUGUCAGGGGGACUCCGGUGGACCUUUGCAAUGCAAACAAGGCUCAGUGUGGGUCCAGGCUGGCAUUACCAGUUUUGGAGUACCUUGUGCCCUGGCUGGUUUCCCUGAGGUCUAUGCCCGAGUGUCUGAGUUCCAGAUUUGGAUCGAUGAUCAAGUUGCAGGGACAAAUGUUAGCUUUGUGACAUUCACCUCCAAUGGCACUGACCAAGACAGCAGCUUUGUAUGUCGCGGCACAGCCACGACAUACAACCACGGUAGCUUCCACAGCAUCAGCCAUUGCAACUGAGCUUGCAUUCCUUGUCAUCAUAAUAACAGUGUUCCUGCUGCACAUAUGAGCUCUAUAACACAGUUUUGCACUAAGAACUUCUCAACUUUUUGUUGUGUUGUCUUAUGUUUGCCUUUAAAAUCAUGUAAACUCUGAUUAAAACUUAAGAAAAUUAAUGGUUUUAGUCUGAAUUGGUAAUGCUGGUAUAGAUAUGGGCUACUGAUACGUAAUUAAUGACUUGGCUUUAUGUACAAUGGUGAAAGAAAUAUUAAUAAAUAUAAGUCCUGCGUAAUCUUUACUUAAAUGUAAAGAGCAUUUAAAUAGCAGCACAACAUGCUACUUAUGCACUCACUGUGGAGCGUGGUCCAAUUCUGAGUGUUAAAUUAUUGAUAAGUCAAUGUGUAAUCAGCUUUUUCAUGUUGAAGCUGGUCCAUAUGGUUUGAAGUGUCUUUUUAAGACAUUGUGUAGUUCAGUCUGAAAUAAAGCAUCAUGUUUU